GGCGUCCAUCGUCGUUGAUACGCUUGGUCGAUCGGUCGGUCCAUCGCACGCACGCACGCAAGCAUCUCUCGCUGAUUUAGCGAUACCGUCCAAUGCGCAGCGGCAGCCGCGUCACAUCACUUGAUGCCACACACACACAGACAUCAGACAACCACGCUAAGUACACACAUCCGCCCUCUGCACGUCACUUUGUGAACACAUCAGCGAGCGGACUCCACACACCCACCCCAACCCGCCAGCCCCAUCCCUCUAUCGCCCCGAGCUGACGGCUUCUGCCUCCCUUGCUGUGUCCUCCUCUGUCACCCCUUGCCGUGGUGUGCCCGCCGAGUUGAGCUGCUCCAGUGACCGUCCGAUGGCCUCCAGCUGCGCCCGCAAAUCGUCAGCCUCCGCACGCACCUUGGCCACCACGGCCGCAGGAGCCUUGUCGAUGAAGCCCUUGUUGCCCAGCCUGGCCGUCAGCUGCGCCAGCUCCUUGUCGACCUUGUCCCUCUGCCUCUCCAGCCGCUGACGCUCCUUCUCCACAUCCACCAGGUCGGCCAUCGGCAGGUCCACCUCCACACCCUCACCAACCACCAGAUGCACCACGCCACUGCUGCUGCUGCUGCUCGUGGCAGUCUGUGUGAUCGCAAGUUUGCCCGGGUCGAUGCGCGCGAAGAGCGCGAGGAUCGGCGCCAUGUCGGUCAGCUGGGACCGGAGCGCAGCGUCACUCACUUGCACCUCGGCGGCGAUCUUCCGCCCGGGCUCCACCUUGUAAUCGGCCCGUGCCGCACGAAUGGACCGCACAACCGCCUGCAGAGUCUGGAAGGUCGCCGUUGCGCGCUGGUCCUUGGGCAGCUGCCCGUCCUCCAUCUGUUGGCCGUCCCCGACGGCUGCUGGCCAUGGCGCCACGAUGAGGGCGUGCUGCGAGGGUGGGUGGGGCAGGAUUUGCCAGAGAGACUCGGUGACGUAAGGCAUGAAGGGGUGCAGCAGCAUGAGGGACCGCAGCAGCACGUAGAGGAGCACACGGAGGGUGCUCCAGCGGUCGUCUGCCUGGUCUGCCUGGUCUGUCGAGGUGUCUUGACGCUGCUGCAGCCUGAGACUUGAUAUGCCCACAUACCUGCGACAGAUGACGCAAGACCAGAACACACACACACGAAUGGAUGGAUGGAUGGAUGGAUGUGCUUGUGAGGGGGUGUUGGGUAGGUAGGUACCAGUCGGCGAGUUCGUCCCAGAUGAACUCGUAGAGCCUCUUGCCCGCCUCUGCGACGUUGUAGGCCAGCAGACACCGCGUCACAUCCUCUAUUAACACAUGACACAUGCUGCAUGCACCACCAGACAUCACACACACACACACACACAUCAAUGAACCAAGAUGGCUGCUCACCCCACCCAACCUCACCUGACAAUGUGCCUAUCGGGCAAUGGCAAAGCCGCCACCUCAUCCUCGGUGAUCGGGCCCUCCAGGCUCUCCACCAGGCGGCUUCUCUCGGCGUCGUCAAGCCCCUCCAGCUGGGUGAAGACGUACCGCCCGACGUUCCACAGCUUGUUGGCGAAGUUGCGGUUGGCCUCCACCCUCUCCAUCUGCAACGGGAUGUCCUGCCCAGGCGCACCUCCCGUCACCAACGUGUACCUGCACUCACAGAGGGAGAGAAUGUGGAUGGGCUGUGCCUUUUGCGUGUGGUGUGCAGGUGGGUGUGUAGGUGGGUGGGCGCGGCGCACCUGAGUGCGUCUGCGCCGUAUUUCUCUGUGGUGUCGAGUGGGUCGACGACGUUGCCUUUGGUUUUGCUCAUCUUCUGCCCUUCGGCGUCACGAACGAGGCCGUGGAGGUAGACCAAAGAGAAGGGCACCUCGCCAGUCAACUCGAUGCCCAGCAUCACCUGCAUGCACCAACGAAUCGGAUCCACACUGCUGAUAGGCGUCAAUCAACCAAUGUGUGUGAGUGUGUGUGUGUACCAACCAUUCUGGCCACCCAGAAGAAGAGAAUGUCGUAGCCUGUCUCCAAGACAGUGGCGGGGUAGUAACGGGCCAAAUCGCUGUCGGGAUCACUCUCGCUCUACACACAGAGUAAACAGCACAACACAACACAACACAACACACAACACACAACAAACGACACACACACUGCACCCCCGAGGUCUCGUUCGCCCGCCUCUCAUCACUCACGUGUGGCCAUCCGACGGUGGCAAAGGGCCACAGGCCAGACGAGAACCACGUGUCCAGCACAUCUUCAUCCUGCCGCAGGUCCCCCUCCCCCACCCACUCGCCCCACACCUCCUUCGCCCUCCGCACGGCCUCGUUCACAUCCCUCCCCACCACAUACAUCGACUCAUGACUGCCGUCGGUGACGGCCGUGCCGUCCUGCUGCCGAGUGAGGUACCAGACGGGGAUGCGGUGGCCCCACCAGAGCUGGCGUGAGAUGCACCAGUCGUGCAGGUCCGACAGCCAGUUGGACCAGAUCUUGUUGAAGCGGGUGGGGAGGAUGGUCAGCUUGCCGGUCGUGGCGGCGUCGAGGGCCUGUUUGGCCAUGUUGUCCGUCUUGACGAACCACUGCCGAGAGAUCAGGGGCUCGAUCACCUCCCCACCUCUGGGCAGAGACACACAGGGAAGGGGAGGCACUGCAUGUGGUUUGUGGUUUGUGCAGCUGACUGAGUGGGACUUUAACUGACCUCUGAGAUCUCGGCACCCGUUGUGUGUGGGGCUCCACCUUGAUCGUCAGGCCCUCCUGCCCCAUAGUGGACCACAGCUGCACACACACACACACACACACAUGAUGGAUGGAUGGAUGGAUGUUGGUCUGUGGUGCAUGGAAAUACCUUGUCUCGCGCAUCGAAUCUAUCGAGGCCCUCAAAGGCCCCGGCAUUGGCAUUCAAUGUGCCAUCCUGCACACACACACACGCACACCCCUCCUCAUGCGCCCGUGUGUGCGGGGUGUAUUGUGUGAACGCAUGCAGACCUUGUUCAUGAUAUUGAUGAGCGGCAGGUUGUGUCGCUUGCCGAUCUCAUAGUCGUUGGGGUCAUGCGCAGGGGUGAUCUUCAGCGCACCUGUCCCGAACUGACACAACACACGCCACACCAUACACGCCACACAUGGAGACAGACGCACACACGCACUCCUUCCUGCAUGUGUCUGUUGUCACUGACCUCUCUGUCGACGUAUGUGUCGGCUAUCACUGGGAUGCUCCGCCCCUGCGUCGGCACCACGACCGACUUGCCGAUCAGAUGAGCAUACCUAAAGACACACAACCAACACAUGUGUUGUGAUGGCUGCAUACAUUUUGCUGGGCUUCUCACCCACCCACCUGGGAUCUUCAGGAUGCACACAGACCGCCGUAUCGCCCAGAAUUGUCUGCACACACAACCGGCCAGACAUGGGCUGCCUCACCGCCAGCCACGCCACACACCACACCAGGACUAUCUAUCUUACUUACCUCUGGCCGUGUGGUAGCGACGGGCAGAUACUGCCGGCCGUCGCCAUUUGCCUCUGCCAGCAUAUAUUUGAAGUGGUAGAGCUUGCCCUCCUCUUGGCUGUACUCGACCUCCAAAUCCGACACGGCCGUCUGCAGCUGCGGGCUCCAGUUGACGAGGUACUCGCCACGGUAAAUCAAACCCUUCUCGUGGAGACGGAAAAAAGCCUGUCAAUGGACACGCAGAGAGACGUCACACACAAGCUCUCGAUUGCUCAUCCAUUCAUCGCACCUCGGUUACGGCGGCAGACAUGCUAGGUUCGAGUGUGAAUCGCAGCCGUGUCCAGUCGGCCGAUGCCCCCAGCUCCCUCAUCUGCUCGGAGAUGUACCCGCCCUUCUCAUCCUUCCACUGCCACACCCUCUCCAAGAAGGCCUCCCGCCCCAGCGAUUCGCGUGUGAUGCCCUCCGCCUCGAGGGACCGCUCCACCAGCAGCUGCGUGGCGAUGCCGGCGUGGUCGGUGCCCGGCAGAUACAGGGUGGGCUGACCCAACAUCCGACGAAAGCGCGUGAAGAUGUCCUGACAUAGGAACCGGAACACAGCACAGCAGAGCACAGUGCAUAGCUAGCGUACAUGUCAGCAGCCUUAUCUCCGCCCGUCACUCUCUGGCUGACCUGAAUGGCCACAAAGAUGGCGUGUCCCAUGUGCAGGUACCCCGUCACGUUGGGCGGCGGCAUCGGCACCACAUAAGGCUUCCUGCUCCUCCUGACGCCGUUGUGCUCGUCCGGCCCGUUGGCUGUGGGCUGGAAGAAGCCGCUCCUGUCCCACCACUCAUAGAGGGGCGCCUCCACUUUGGUGGGGUCGAAGAUCUUGGGCAUCUCGCUGCCGUCGCCUUCAAGCAGCGCCGGGGCGGGCAGAGGGGAAGGAGGGGGAGAGGAUGACCCGGCGGAACGCGACACUCUGGUGCGAUGUCUGCGAUGACGGAAUAGCUGCGGCUGACAUCGGAGAUGAGCAUUGUGGAAGGCGGGUUCUGGUCUUGAAGGACGUGGCUCCAGGCUGCGGGAGAGCCGUGACGGGUGCAGCGCUCGACACACAACCAGGAGCAGCCACGCUGCUGCCGCCAGAGGCCUCCACGAUGAAUAAGGAGAUGGCUUCAUCACCCGUUGAAGCAUCAACAUCACUGCUCGAUCAAUGCCUCAUGAGAACAGAGGUGAUGCGCCCUCUGGUGCCUCAGAAACCAAAAAGAUCUGCCGCAGCG